CAUGGGAGCAGCGGCGGAACCGAGAUGAAGAAAUUUACGCCAGGAGGCGGAGCCGCGUCCGCGGCGCGCAAAAACUCCAACAACAAUGAGCUCUGGCUCUUGCAAGCCGAGGACUCCGCACCUCUCAGUGCCAGUGGCAGCACAUCCUCCGCUCUGCUGCGCCAGAGGGAUGCCGCUGGCGGCCGACACGGCUCAGAGUCAGACCGCGGGAGUGGAGGGGACACAGUCUCACAGGUAGGCGUGAUAGGAGAGGGAGCCAUCGGCAUGAUAUGCAACAAAAACGGAGACUGUAGAAGGGACCCGACCAGUUCAGGGAGCCUCUCCUCUCUCAUCUCCAGGCAGGAGAAGCAGGCAGAUGGAGUCGUAGCAGCAGCAGCAGCAGCAGCAGCAGAAGAAGACGGCCAGGGGCAGGCUGCGAGCAUGGACGGCUCUGUUACUUCACCGGGGUCCCUGACACGGGGGCCGGGGGCCGAGGUCAAGACGGCGGCAGCGAUGGAGAAGAAGGACCCCAGAGUUUCCUUCUCCAGCGCCCCAACUAGCAAAGGACAGACACUGAGUCAACAGUCGAGAAAUUCUGUCACCUUCACCAAAGCUGAGGACGGCUCGCAGAUAGCGCCGGAUGAUGGAGACUCCAGGGGGAACCAGACGUACAUGCAGCGGCAGUUUAGUUCCAUGCUCCAGCCCGGAGUUAACAAGUUCUCCCUGCGCAUGUUUGGCAGCCAGAAGGCGGUGGAAAAGGAGCAAGAGCGCGUAAAGUCAGCGGGUAAUUGGAUUAUCCACCCAUACAGCGACUUCAGGUUCUACUGGGACUUCACCAUGCUGAUGUUCAUGGUGGGCAACCUGAUCAUCAUCCCUGUGGGCAUCACCUUCUUUAAAGACGAGACCACCACACCCUGGAUCAUCUUCAACGUGGUCUCCGACACCUUCUUCCUCAUGGACCUGGUGCUCAACUUCAGGACGGGUAUCGUGUUUGAGGACAACACCGAGAUCAUCCUGGACCCCAAGAAGAUUAAGACGAAGUACCUGAAGAGCUGGUUUGUGGUGGACUUUGUCUCCUCCAUACCUGUGGAUUAUAUCUUUCUCAUCGUGGAGAAAGGGAUUGACUCAGAGGUGUACAAGACGGCCCGGGCGCUCCGCAUUGUCCGCUUCACUAAGAUCCUCAGUCUGCUGCGCCUGCUGAGGCUGUCCAGACUCAUCCGUUACAUCCACCAGUGGGAGGAGAUCUUCCACAUGACCUAUGACCUGGCCAGUGCUGUGAUGCGAAUAUUCAACCUGAUUGGUAUGAUGCUGCUGCUCUGUCACUGGGACGGCUGUCUCCAGUUCCUUGUUCCCAUGCUACAGGACUUUCCAUCUGACUGCUGGGUCUCCCUCAACAAGAUGGUGAAUGACUCGUGGAGCGAGCUCUACUCUUUCGCCCUCUUUAAGGCCAUGAGCCACAUGCUGUGCAUUGGAUAUGGAAGACAAGCCCCAGAGAGCAUGUCGGACAUCUGGCUGACCAUGCUCAGUAUGAUCGUAGGGGCCACCUGCUAUGCCAUGUUCAUUGGCCACGCAACUGCACUCAUCCAGUCUCUGGACUCAUCUAGACGGCAAUACCAGGAAAAGUACAAACAAGUAGAGCAGUACAUGUCCUUCCACAAACUACCGGCUGACUUCCGGCAGAAAAUCCAUGACUACUACGAGCACAGAUACCAGGGCAAGAUGUUUGAUGAAGAGAGCAUCCUGGAGGAGCUUAAUGAGCCUCUGCGUGAGGAAAUCGUCAACUUCAACUGUCGCAAGCUGGUGGCAUCCAUGCCACUGUUUGCCAACGCUGAUCCCAACUUUGUGACCGCCAUGCUGACCAAACUGAGAUUUGAAGUCUUCCAGCCCGGAGACUACAUCAUCAGAGAGGGCACCAUCGGCAAGAAGAUGUACUUCAUCCAGCAUGGGGUGGUCAGUGUCCUGACCAAAGGAAACAUUGGCAUGAAGCUGAUGGACGGCUCCUACUUUGGAGAGAUCUGUCUGCUGACCCGAGGGAGGCGGACGGCCAGUGUGCGAGCGGACACCUACUGUCGCCUGUACUCUCUCUCUGUGGACAAUUUCAACGAGGUGCUGGAAGAGUAUCCCAUGAUGAGGAGGGCCUUUGAGACGGUUGCCAUUGACAGAUUGGACAGGAUAGGUAAGAAGAACUCAAUCCUGAUGCACAAAGUUCAGCAUGAUCUGAACUCGGGUGUUUUCAACAACCGGGAGAAUGAGAUGAUCCAGGAGAUAGUUAAAUAUGAUCGGGAGAUGGUUCAGCAAGUGGAUGUACCACGACCACGGGCAAUGUCCAUGACACCUCCUCUACAUGGUGGGAUCUUUACCCCUCCAGGUUCCUCCACCCAGCCUCAGAAUUCAGCAAUUGCCACCCUGCAGCAGGCCGUAGCCAUGAACUUUUGUCCCCCCAUGCAAGGGAACUCAGUGGGAGUGGGGAACCUGCAGUCCCCGAGGAUGGUGAGGAGAUUCCAGGUGAUGCAAAGUGUGUCCAGCCCUGUCUCAGCCUCUCCCCUGCAGUCUCAGCUCCUUGCUUCUGGUGCCUUUGCUCCAGUCCUGUCCAGCCCCCCUGUCCAAAGCCCUCUGGCAGUUGUAGGACGAUCAUUCCAGUAUGGGUCCAGUGCCCUGGCUGGUCCCACCUCAGGCUCCCAGCUUUCUCUAGCCCAGCAGCACAUAGCCAGUCCUGCACACCAGCCCAGCACACAUAAGAGCACCCAUUCCUUGCAAAUGGGCAGUCUGAGCCAAGACGCCAGGGCCCUGUCAGCCUCUCAGCCCUCACUGCCUCAUGAGGGGGUGCAAGCAGGUGCCCCUAGUCCACCCCAGUCUACACGAGUGUCCUCCACUUCCAUUGGACCCCCUCAGACCCCAUCAGGUCACACAGGCAUUCGGAGCGCUUUACCACAUAGGGUGGUACUGCCCCACCAAAUGUCUGUGGGGGCCUUCCCUGUAGCAUCCCUGCCUGGUUCUGUGCAGGGUUUUGGAGCUGGUGCAGGGCUGGCAGCAGGGGGUGUGGGAACAGGUCUGGGGGACUCGGGACAACCCAAGAAGGACUCUAUAGUGAGCCUUCCUGAGACAGACCAUAUCAAAGUCAGAUCCAGGCUGUCCUCAAAUUUGUGA